AUGACAUCCGAAGUCAACUACACCGUCUUCCGAGAAUGUCUCUCGAGUGCCAUUGUCGCCCGAUCUGAACAGAAGCCGAAAUCCUCCAAGCGGCGGGUAAAGGCGAAGCGAAACGGACGCAAAGACGAGACCAGUACGGAGAUGGUGAUCACUCACGAACGAGCUGACCCGGAAGAGCUGGCAGAAUUCAUUGAUUUCAUCGCCAGCGAAACCUUCACUACCUUCCCAGAGGACCUGAAAACUCUCUCUUACGCCGCAAUCCAAUACGACACCUCUCUCCAAGCUCUAUAUGUCCCAGAAGACCGAGACACGCCGUUAAACCGCAAUAUCCUUGACAAAAUCUGCUCACCAGUCCCGGUCGAGGUAACAGAUACACUCUCCGUAUACGGUCUAAUCCCCGAUGGAAAUGAUCUACCCGAGUUCCUUUCCCCGGUGUUGAGCGAGUACAUUGCGAGCGUUACGACCGGACCGCCGGCCUGGUCGAAUACACGGACGGAUGCAUGCGAGAUCUGCGAGCGCGACUGGAUCCCAUUGUCGUAUCAUCACCUGAUUCCGCGGGGAGUGCAUGCGAAGGUGGUGAAGAGGGGCUGGCAUGAUGAAUGGGUAUUGAAUAGUGUUGCGUGGCUUUGUCGGGCUUGUCAUAGCUUUGUACAUCGCAUGGCGACUAAUGAGGAGCUCGCGAGGGAAUGGUUCACUGUAGAGAGAAUUAUGGAGAGGGAAGAUGUACAAGAUUGGGCGAAGUGGGUUGGUAGAGUUAGAUGGAAGGCGAAAUAG